UAAUGUUAAAUUUAUUAUUUAGUCCUAUACAAAUUUAAGUUGUGAAUUAGAAUGUUUAAUAAUACCAGUAGUAUUUUAUUCUAAAAUAGUAUAUCUUAUACAUAGAGAAAAUUAUAAAUUACUUGAGUUUCGUAUCAAAUCUAAUUAAAGUUAAAAUUAGUUAUACUUUAUUAGGUUCUAAUUAUUAACCAAUACUUCUAAAUCUAAGUUUUACUUUUUUAGUAAUACUAGUUCUACAUACGUCAUACUCAUAAGACAUACUUCCGACACGUAGUCAAACAAGAACACUAAAAAUGAGUCUCAUAACUAAACUCUUUGGUGGUGGAAAGUCUAAGCAAAAGACACCAACUCCAGCAGAAGCCAUUCAACGAUUAAGAGCUAUUGAAGAUAUGCUUAUAAAAAAGCAAGACUACUUAGAAAAAAAAGUUCAACAAGAACUUCAAACUGCAAAGAAAAAUGGUACCAAAAACAAAAGAAUUGCUCUUCAGGCCCUGAAGAGAAAAAAAAGGUUUGAAAAGCAGCUGACCCAGAUCGAUGGUACUUUAACAACAAUAGAGUUUCAACGAGAAGCCUUAGAAAAUGCAAAUACUAAUACAGAAGUUUUAAAAGUCAUGGGAGUUGCUGCAAAAGCAUUGAAAAAUACUCAUGAAAUGGAUAUUGAUGAUGUACAAAACCUGAUGGAUGAAGUACAAGAGCAACAGGAAGUAGCCAAUGAGAUAUCUGAUGCUAUAUCAAAUCCUGUAGGCUUUGGACAUGACAUUGAUGAUGACGACUUGUUACAAGAGCUAGAGGAUCUUGAACAGGAAGAAGUAGAUCAACAGCUACUAAAUGUAGCAGAGCCAUCAAUGGAGAAACUACCUAAUCCACCACAGGCUGAACCAAGUCGACCAAGGAAAGCCAAAGUACAUCAUGAAGAAGAUGACGACGACAUAAAAGAAUUAGCUGCAUGGGCUUCCUAGAAAUCUGGAGAUGCUGACCACUAUACUUUUCUUGAACAAGGAUAAUUCGAGGGUUUUGGUUUCAUUAAGACAUCUGUGGAGCCUCAUAGUCAUUUUCACUUUUUUUUUGACUAACUACUACUGAUAUUUUAAAAUCAUGUUUUAAUAUGAUUUUUAAUCCGUGUGAUUGUGUAUGAAAAGUAUUUCACUUUUGGUGUGAAAUAAGGUUGCUCCAGACUUAAUAUAUUUGGGACCUGUCACUUUAAUUUUCAAAACGUUUUAUUUUAAAUUUCCAUUCUAAAUUUUAUUUUAUGUUAAUUUUUAAAAGAUAUUGUAAAUCUUUCAAGGUGUAUUAUAAGAUCUUUUUUUUCUUCUAUCCAUACCGUCCACUGAUACAGUAAGAUAGGUCAAAGUUACUUUUUAAUGGUGGCAAAACAUUUGAUACAGAAUAUACAUACACAUUGUUGUUCAUAUUAGUUACUGUGGCAUCCACAAAAAAAAACAUUGACACAUUCAUAGUUAAAAACAGGAAAUGCCACCCAAUGGAACUUUAAAAAUCUUUAAACUGAUGGUGUAUGUGUGACAUUCUCUGUUACCAAGUAGUUGUAGAGCUCCAUCUUCAGGAGUGGCCGAAUGUGGACCUCUUUCAUUUGAACUAAACAAUAAACUUUCAUAUUUUAUUUUCUACAUUGAAUAUUUCCAAGAACAAUAUGGUGUUUGUAUCUAUAGUUAUAAUAGAUGUAUGAAAUUUAUUUACAAUUCACUUACAUAUUAAAAGUAUUACUGUAAUGCAGAAUCAGAUGAAACGGUUUAAAAUACGUAUUAUAAUGUAUUUUUUGUUGCUUGUGAAUUAUCCAUGAUUUUAAAGAAGUUAAUAAAAUGUUUAGUAAACAAGUGGAUUCUUAACUGCAAAGGUUAAAGAUAAAAACGUGAAAACCUGUAUGUAUUAUCAUAGGUUGGUACUUACUGAAUUUUAAAAUAAAUACACAUGGAACUUAACCACAACAUUCUUUUAAGUUAUCUCCUUAAACACAAGAUCAAAGAUAAGCCUUAAAAAUCGUAAAACUAUUAUAGUUAUAUCUCUCAAAGCUGCUUUUUCCAUCCUAGUUUGAAUUGUUCUUGUUAACAGUUUUGUGGAUAUAAAGGUGUAGAUAGGAUUAUAAAUUUCUUUUGUUUUAAUGAAUGUAAUAUAAUUUUGGAGAAAUUAAUUUAUAUGUUAAAUAAUUGUAUGUGGAAGAAAGUAUUCAAAAAGUUUAAAAAGUCAGCUGUAUUGCAUUUUGAGCCUUGUGCUAAAUUUUUUUAAUCUUUUAAUUUUUCGAUGUUUGUUUUCUGUAACUUUAUAAGCAUUUGUUUGUGUAGAUGUUUUCACUACUGUGUGUGAUUGUUUCUGUACUUACAUAGUGUUACUCUUUUUCUAGAGAUGUGAUAAAUCUAUUUAAUUAAAACGUUUCAAGACACAGAUUUGUUGACGUCCAUAUAUGCAAACAGUGUUAGUGUAUUUAAUCAACCACGAUAUUAAAAUGUAAAACCCGCAUUUUAUUUCUAUUAUUAUUAUUAUUAUAUGUUUAUACAACACCUGGUUUAUUUAAUUUCUGUAUCUGGUUGUUAGAGAAGAUAUGACAGCACUAAUAAAAUACUGUUGAAAAUUA